AUGAAACCCAACUACGUCUUUCCCAAAUUGAAGCUUAUGGGCUCAGUACAGGAAUCAGCGAUUCUUACAACACUGCUUUAUCUUAUUUCAGCCUCAAUUAUUAUACAUUCUGGCAAUGCUGAGUCAAGACAAUCCAAAUGCAACAAUCAACAAUGCAUCCCUAGCAGAUCAAUUUUUGACUCCGUUUCUAACAUAACGGGUUCAAAGCAAAUUUAUGAAUCGCAAUACCAGAAGAUUAACGAAGGGGUAAUGGAAAAUCAAACUACUGAGGUAAUAGACUUGAAGAAUAAUGUAAUGGUACCAAUAAAUCUUGACAAGGGACGAUUUAUUUACUUUAAAUUUGUCUAUUCUUCAUCACAGAGUACAGAAUCGCAAGUGACUCCGACGUAUCCAUCUCAGAUAGAGCUUUCUGAUGGGGAUUUGCUUGUGAGAGGAUUUGAGUCGAAUGAAGACAUCAUUCCAGAUACUUCGGCUGGUCAAGUGAACUUGUCAAAUUAUCGACAACUAUUCAUCUCAGCAACGACGUGCAAACAGCCCAGUCCUGCAUCUGGAACUGAUGACAGUCCUCCUCAGCUCCAAUUAUACAUAUCCCUUUCGAAAAAUAAUACGAUGCCAGGCCCCUUGCAGGCCGCAGAGCUUCAGCAAAUGGUUGAGCUGUACGAGGGAUAUGCAAUGCUUGCGGUUAAUAUCACUGAUGAUGUCUACAUCAGUAUUUAUGCCAAAAAUAACUCAAACUUCAAUGGGGGCUAUACAGCCCAAAUUGCCGCAUCAAUCGACCUUCCUUAUCAUAAGUAUCGGAAUAGUUCAGACCCAAAUCUCUACAUAGCAGACUACGAUGGAAACUCGGCAUUACUAUAUUCGGGACCGUUCAUUCGCAACGCAAAGAAUACGACACUCACUGAAGAAUGGAUGAAUGCGCCACCGCCAUUCAUUUUGUUCAUUAGUGACGAUCAGAAUAAAUACUUACAAGGGGUUCGAUUUUCCUAUUGUGGUUUGCAGGAGAAUGUGAAUCUUUCAGGAUCUAGUGCAGGAGUAGCAAGUAAUAUGGUUACAAGUAUCACGAUUCAAGGAAAAUCUAAUCGGCCCAGGCAACAGUUCUACAUGGAUGGAUUGAGUGCUGGUACUACUUAUACUGUAGCAUUAGCAGUGAAUGGCAAUCCCAAAGGGACUGAGGGUGCAAUUAUUGGUGGUGGUGGGACAGUGUUCAACCCGACAAGUUUCACCACCCUUACUGGCGGAAAUUGCGGGUUGAUUUAUGGUCUAACCUUCUGUGACCAGGUCGCAUAUAGCGUACCUUCUAAUCCCAAUAGGAUCUCUACCGCAUCUUCACUGGCUGCAUUCUAUGAUAACAGUACUAGAGCAAUCUACGCUAAUUUUCAGAGGGUUCUAGCGCAGACUCCUUGCGAAAUAACUUCGUCUGCUCAGUAUUCCCUCGUAAGAACGUGUCAUGAUUGUGCGGAAGCCUAUAAAGCCUGGCUUUGCGCAGUCAAUAUUCCUCGUUGUACUGACAUGACCUCCACUCUACCUUGGCUACAGACUCGCGCCGUUGACCAAGCCUUCCCAAACGGAACCUAUCUUGAUCCUUCCUUGAUAGACGUCAGUGGCUAUGGUACAACCGCUGGUAAAAACUCACGAAACACAAAUAUCGAUCAAUUUAUCAACCCUGGUCCAUACAAGGAAGUUUUACCUUGCCAAGAAUUGUGUCAUACACUUGUGUCGAGUUGUCCAGCGUCAAUAGGAUUUGACUGUCCUAGGCCUGGCCAGAUAGGGUUUAAUACAUCAUACGGUCAUAUGCCUACAGGCUCAGUCGAUGAUGGUGGAAGAAAUACAAACAUUACCUGCAAUUUUCCAGGAAAAGUUUAUUUUUCAAAUUCAAGCAAAGUAAUUUUUUACCUUCAAACUUUUAUAAUUACAGCCAUUGUUAUUCUGACAAUAGUAUAA